UACUCACAAAUAUAUUUGGCACCCCAAGCUUUAGCUUAAUACGUUCAUUCGUAUAAUAUUUGCUUCAAAAUAAAGAGUUUUGGUGAUUUCUACUUCUUCCCCAUUAUGUGUCGUUCAAAGCAUGAAAUUGUUUUCAUCAUCUUAUGCUUCUGCUUCUAUUUCAUACUUGCUGCCGCGCAAGUUAUCAAUAUCACUGAUCCUACUGAAGUGCUAGCAUUGAAGAACAUACAUGAAAGUUUGAAUGAUCCAAAUGGACAUUUGAGCAACUGGAACGAUGGUGACCCAUGUAUAUCUCGUUGGAGAGGAGUUGUGUGCUCUAAUGAAACAAUAGAGGAAAAUUUUCUACAUAUUGUAGAAUUGGAACUACUGAAAUUGAAUUUGUCUGGAAAUUUGUCACCAAAUAUUGGCAACUUAGCUUAUUUGAAAAUAUUGAACUUCAUGUGGAACAACAUAAAUGGGACAAUUCCAAAGGAAAUUGGCAAUAUCAAAUCUUUGGAACUCUUGUUCCUGAGUGGAAAUGAAUUAACAGGACAUGUGCCAGAGCAACUAGGCUUUCUUCCAAAACUAAGAAUUUUGCAAAUUGAUGAAAAUAAAUUAUCAGGAACUAUACCUUUAUCAUUUGCAAAUUUGAACAAGACAAAGCACUUUCACAUGAACAAUAAUUCCCUUAGCGGACAAAUCCCACCAGAACUUUCCAAAUUACCAAGCCUUAUUCAUCUGCUUCUGGACAACAAUAACUUAUCAGGACAUCUUCCACAUGAGCUAUCCAAUAUGCCAAACUUGUCUAUACUGCAACUUGACAACAAUAACUUUGGUGGAAAUAGCAUUCCAGAUAGUUAUGCCAACAUGUCAAAAUUGGUGAAGUUGAGCCUUAGGAAUUGCAACUUGCAAGGACCAAUUCCUGAUUUAAGCAAGAUACCCCACCUCCUUUAUAUUGACCUCAGCUCCAAUCAGUUGAAUGAAUCAAUUCCUCCCAAUAAGCUUGCUGCAAAUAUCACUACCAUUAUUUUAUCAAACAACAAUCUUACUGGAACUAUUCCAUCCUAUUUUUCUGGUCUUACACGUCUCCAGAAAUUGUCACUUGCAAACAAUUUAUUGAGUGGUAGUGUUCCUUCCAUCAUUUGGCUAAACAAGCCUUCAAAUGCUUCCGGAAGAUUGCUGUUAGAGUUGCAAAAUAACCAAUUUAUAAGCAUAUCAGGCAGUACUAACCUUCCUCCAAAUGUCACACUCUUGCUUGAUGGGAAUCCCUUAUGCUCAGAUAACACACUGGAUCAAUUCUGUAAAGUUGAAGUAGCUAGUAGUGACACAAAUGGCACAUCUCCAACAAACAUCAGCGACCCUUGUCCCACUAAAAAAUGUCCACCUCCUUAUGAAUACUCUGCAAAGUGUUUCUGUGUGGCUCCAUUGAUUAUUGGUUAUCGACUGAGAAGUCCUGGUUUUUCAUAUUUUCCUCAAUACUUCGAUGCAUUUGAGGAAUACUUGACUUCUAAUCUUAAUAUUAGUGCCAAUGAAUUAAGCUAUACUUUUGAGUGGCACGUAGGACCUCGAUUGCUAAUGAUCUUGAAGCUUUUUCCUGCAUAUGUUGAUAACAAUAGUUCUCAUACUUUCAAUACAAGUGAGAUCCAACGGAUUAGAAAUAUGUUCACGGGAUGGAUUAUUCCUAAUCGUGAUUUGUUUGGACCUUAUGACUUGAUGGACUUGGUUCCUUAUAAUAAUGGGACCAACGCCUCUUCAAACUCAGGCUUAAGCACAGGUGCAUUGGUGGGCAUAAUCUUAGGCUCAGUUGCAUGUGCACUGUCGUUGUCUGCAAUUUUUGUUCUUUUAAUAUUAAGAAUAAGAAUGAAACAUCGCGAUGCAGUUUCCAAACCACGUCAUUCAUCUAAGAUCUCAAUGCAAAUUGACGGCAUAAGAGCCUUUACUUAUGGAGAGUUGGCUGCUGCUACAAGCAAUUUUGACAACAAUGCUCAAAUUGGACAAGGAGGCUAUGGAAAGGUUUAUAAAGGUAUUCUCUCUAAUGGCACUGUGGUUGCCAUAAAACGUGCACAGCAGGGAUCGCUGCAAGGUGAGAAGGAGUUUCUGACAGAAAUAUCAGUACUAUCAAGGCUACAUCACCGUAACCUUGUGUCACUAAUUGGAUACUGUGAUGAAGAAGGUGAACAGAUGCUGGUUUAUGAAUUUAUGUCAAAUGGCACACUAAGAGACCACCUUUCUGUUACAUCAGAAAAACCUUUGCCUUUUUCUAUGAGAUUGAAGAUAGCACUAGAGUCAGCUAAAGGUCUCAUGUAUCUACACACAGAAGCUGAUCCUCCAAUAUUUCACCGAGAUGUCAAGUCUACCAACAUAUUAUUGGACUCUAAGUUCACUGCGAAAGUAGCAGAUUUUGGACUUUCGAGGCUUGCCCCAGUUCCAGAUGUUCAAGGAAUUGUACCUGGUCAUGUAUCCACAGUGGUAAAGGGGACCCCGGGUUACCUUGAUCCAGAGUACUUCUUAACUCACACGCUGACCGACAAAAGUGAUGUUUACAGUAUUGGUGUUGUGUUUCUGGAACUUUUGACUGGAAUGCACCCUAUCUCACAUGGAAAAAAUAUUGUUAGAGAGGUUAAUCUUGCAUGCCAAUCGGGCGACAUAUCUUCAGUUACUGAUGAACACAUGGGGUCUUACCCAUUUGACCAUGCAGAUAAGUUUUUCACUUUGGCCCUAAAGUGUUGCGAAGAUGAACCAGAGCCACGUCCUAAAAUGGCAGAAGUGGUUAGAGAGCUCGAAAACAUGUGUUCGAUGAUGUCAGAUUCAGAUACCAUGAGAGUUUCAUCUACAACCAGUGGUUCUGGCAAAACAGACAGCUAUCUAGGCAGUACACCUUCUUCAUCCUCACCCAUAAAGACUCCUUUUGCAUCAAGAUAUGUAUAAUGUACCUUUUUUAGUGGAGUAAUACCAAACACCAAGCCAAGAUAAAACUACAGAAGUUGAAAGAUAUUAGCUUUAGCAAUAAUGGUCGAUCUAGUGUGUGGUUUUUUAUUACCCUGUAAAUUUAAUGAUGAGAUCAUGUUAUUACAUUAGUUUCUUCACCCUGUAAAUUUAAUAAUGUGAAAUGAUGUAGUUUGAAUGUGGCCAUAUGUUCACCCUUUGGCAAACAAAGAACAUGAUCUGGUUCACGGUUGAAGCUGACAAGUUGG